CAGGGAAAAUAGACUUAAUCUGUUGUACUUAAUCUGAAGAUUGUCGGUUGUGCUCAUAAAUUUUAGCAAUCGCGUCCACCAGCGCGCGCUCGUUUUUAACACAGCGCGCCAAACAUCUUGGGUUUCCUUGAUCUCGGCAAAUCUGGGUGAUGACGUCACGUGACGUCACAGUAGGAACGCCCACCCGCCGACGGGUCAGAGGAGAGGUCGCCCAAAAUGGCGGAAGCCAUGGAAGUUGGUGGAGAGCUCGAGUGGGGCGACGCGUACGGCGUUGGGGGCGUUCAACCUUACCAGUUUGAGCCCGAGGCGGCGGAGGGAGAAGACGGGGAUCCAGAGGCACCAGAUCGCGGGAAUCAGGACCGCCGUUCAAACCGAAACUGGUGCAGAUGUGAUAAUUGCCGUAUAAUGGCAACCACAACAGAAUGUGUCUGUUGUCAAGAACACGAACAAAUUAGGAACACUAUGGAGGGGGUGUCUCCGGCCCCCAAGUGCAUAACCAUGCACCCUGGCUUCUCAUCAGUCUGUCUAGACAUCUGGGCACUACAGUGUGCUUACUACCAGUACAGGCAAGAGUAUGGGCCCAGUCAAGAUCCAACCCAUGAACUCCGGCUCCGAAUCGGUGUCCUCAUUCUCCGGGGGUGGGGCGAGGAGUGUGCACUGGACCCCUGCGUCAGCGCGAGCAGGAGUGACCUGUGUUGCUGAAGAAUAACAAGCAAAAUGACUUUGAAAUAUUAGCACUGUCAAUUCUUCAUAGUAUUUCAAAAUUACAUACAUAAUUGUAUAAAAUGUCUAUUUCAAAACAAAACCAUCAUUGUCAUAAGUGGAAAUAAUAUGUGCCUUAAUGCUGAUUGUAUACAGAUAAACUUUUGAAAAAGAUGUACAAUGGAAAGGAAUGUUGCAAAACUCUUGAUACAGCUGUAAUGCAUGAAACAUUUUACAGUAACUGUGUUACAAAACACUUGAGCAUCACACCAUCUUUACCUCUGUGUCUGCCUGAGGACUUUGUCUGUGUGCCCACACUGUUUUUCAGCUCAGCUACAACCUGAGGAUUGUUUAAUUUACAUUAGGUUUACCACAUAAUCUUCAAGAUGAAAGAAUAGAUUGUGUCAAAAGAGUCAAACAAAACAGUGCACCCCUCAGAUUCAAAAAUCUUGUAACUCUUAGAAGAAGUUCAAUUAUAUCUGACAUUUAGUAUAGGAGAGAGUUUUCAUCACAAAGUAUUUAUCAUUUCAAGUAACAUACCUCAAUAUCAACCUUGUCUUCUGAGAGAUUCUG